AUGGGUCGGGCCUUCGCCCGCCUCCUGGUGGGAGCUGCGGUUUUCGUCGGCGGCCAGCUGUUUGUCGGACCUUUCGCGCGGCUUCCGCGCAAUGCGCGGCUGGCGCGCCUGGAGGGGCAUGCAGAAGCCUUGGAUCUGGAGGCGAGGCGGGCCAAGUGCCCCUUGACGCAGCAGCAGUUGGAGGGCGACCAUGGCGACAAAUGGGAGGAUGUGCGGGACAUUCUAGUUGGACUGCGGGCAGCGUCGCCUGAGGCGAUCAUGCGAGCGCGCUUCACCGCCCUAAAGUUCCAGGACCCGCAGUUCCUCGCGGCCACGGAGAAGGAUGACGCGGAGUCCAUCCGGGAGCGUGCCAAGCAGUGGUCCAUGCUGCUGGGCCUCGAAGAGACCAACGCGGUCGACAACCUGCUGAACCUCAACAACCCCGCCACCAGCCUGAGAGAGCCGGUGGGCAUCGAUAUCGUCGCCAGCGACGGCGAGUGGGUGGAGUUCAAAAUCCGAUGUGCCAGCAAGACACUGUCCGAGAAGAGCAGGUUUAUCAAAGAUAGGAAAUACGGCUGGGUGUAUGGUGGCGAGACCGAGUACAGCCAGUGGAUGGGCCCGGAACACGAAUCUCAGAAGGCGAUUGGCCGAAUCGGCGCCCUGAAGGAGGUUGAGCUUUCCGAGCUGCUGAGCAGCAGCGACAGAGGCAAGUGGGGUGUGCGAGGCAAGAGUCCACAGGCCGAUGGAAGGACCGCCACCAAACGGGGCACCACCCCAGGGACCGCCGCCACGUGGGGCACCGCCACGUCGCCAAGGAUGGAUCUGGAGGCUGAAGUCACCAAGCUUUGCGAGGAGCAGAAGAAGUUGGCCGCGAAGUCCUGGCAGAAGCCGCUGGCCGAGCUCACCAAGAAGUUGAGCGACGAGGAGCGGAAGCAGCAGGUGCUGCUGGGCCAGCAGGGCCAGGCGAUGCUGCGGAGCUUCGUGCGGCCGCCUGCUUUGCACACGAUGGGCUUCAUCAGGGCGGGGAUGGCCCCAAAGGAGAUCUAUCAGAGGCUUGCCGGGCACUACCAUCACCACCGGCAGAGGAUGUUUUCGGAGUUCUUCACCCCGGUCCUGGGGAACCAUCGAAAUGCGCAUGUCCUCCCCAUGCUCCCAGAGUGGAUCAUGGAGGGCGGCUUCAUCGACAGCCUUCUGCGGCCCAUGGUGGAGAAGUUUGCCGGCAAGAAACUGGCGCUGGUGAACGUUCACCCUGGCAUUCGCAUCUACAAGGAGGGCGCCACACUGAUGCGCCACGUGGACAGCCCAGAGCGACCGAUUACCGUGGCGCUGGCCAUCGGCGCCGCCGGAGCAGGAGGCAGCUGGCAUCUGGAGCUGUCGGACCCUCAUGGGAAUCAGUGGAGGCCACUGCCCUUGACCAUGGGUCACAUGUUGAUCUAUGAGGGCGUGCGCAUUGCGCAUGGGAGGGCGGGGCCUCUGGCGAGCGGUGAGCUGGCCAUGGCCUUCGCCUACUACCGGCCAAAAGAGAACUACGACGCGCCGCGCCUGCAGCGGCACGUCGAGCAGAUGGUCUCCUCUGCCCCGCGGCCCACCAGUGCAUCCCAAGGGCAGGCGCCCGAGUUCCGCAGCGUUGAUGAGCUGUGA